CGAUCUGACCUACAUUGAUCUGGUGGGGCCCAUUCCACCCCCUCGCUCCUCUCACCAGCCUCAGCUACCUAGCUAUUGGGGGGCAGAGCAGGCUGACUGGCACUGUGGAAGGACUGGCUUGGCUCUCCUCCCUCACCAACCUGCAAUUUCUGAGUCUAGAGUACUUGGAUCAAUUCACAGGGGACUUGACCUCCCUGCACAUUCUUUCUCACCUGAAGAACCUUCAAGACCUGAAACUCAUUUCGCUUUCCAACGUCACGGGGGAGAUACCAAGAGAGUUUCGAUACAAGACUGCCCUCACCUCACU